CUUCAUCUAUCCCAACACCAACAGCCACUCACCAUGUCUACCACCACCACCACCACCACCAUCACCCCCCAAAUUCCAACCCUAACCCCAACCCCUAACAGCUCCACCAAAGGUAGAGGCCAAAACCGCAUGCUCCUCGACGGCAAGCCCACCACCUACGGCGACUUCCGCGACGACCUCAACCGCGACGGUUACGCCGUGAUCAAGGGUGCCAUCCCACUGGACCGAGCCAAGUCCUACGCUGAUGCGUUUUACUCGUACAUGGAGGGAUUUGGCCUCGGCUACACCCGCACCGACCCGCGCACCGUCCGCCGGGCGCAACUCCCCGUGAUGAACGAAAAGGGGAUGAUCCUGGACUACGGGGUUACCCAUGAACAAUGGGUGUGGGAUAUUCGGGGCGAGGAGGGCGUGGUGGAUGCGUUUGCGAAGGUAUAUGAUGAUGAGGAGUUGAUUGUGUCGUUUGAUGUGGUGAAUGUGGGGUUUGCUAAUCGCGAGGAUAUGCCGGAGAAGUAAUGUCCCCUCUUUUUUUUUUUACUUGUGAUGUGCUAGAGGGAAUGAGGCUAAUAGGUUGGAAUGGUAGCAAACCCUGGCCCCAUCAAGACCAAGACCCCUCAAAACCCGGAUUCAGAUG